UAAUGCAGAGCAGCCGACCCGUUGGGAUCCGGUCCUUGUUUUCUGACCGUCCCGGGGGUUGGGAAACUGCUGGAAAGUUCAGACAGACACACUCCCUCACGCUACGCACGGCAGGCAGCUCAGAGAUGAAGGGUUUUGUCUGCACCACAGGCAGAAAAGGAUUGCUCACAACUUGCCAAGAAGGAUGUUUUUCAUAUGUCGCUCACGGCCUCUCAGAGACUCUAUGACAAACAUGUGUUUGUUUGUUCCAAAGCAAACAGUGGAAUUGCUGUUUUAGCUGUCGCUCACCCUCACGUCGGACAGGUAGAAGAAGAAAGUAGAGGAGAGGGGAGAAUGCAACCAGCCAGCCACCAUCCAGCCUUUUGCGGUGCUGCUUCUGAAUGCUGAGUAUAAGGCUGCAGGGUUAUGGUGGUGGCACAGAGGCUUUGCUCAGGCUUGUUUGAAGUUUUUUUUCCCAUGUCAAAGGUAAAGGAUUACCCGGGGGGUUGGAAUGCAGCCUGGAAGUGAAGGUCUCAGAGAGCUACCCUAAACACCAGCACACCGGGGAGAGGAGUGUGAGAUUAUGUUUGCUUUGCGACUGUGUGUAUGUAGGUGUGUGCGUGUAAGUUAGGCUAGUUUGUGCAUGCCUGUGUGUGGGGGGGAGUUCAGGGUAGUGCCAUGCUACUGCUGAGCAGUCGGGCUACGGAGCAGGCUAUCCACGGGGCCACAAGCAAAGCUGUAACAGCCCACCAGUCAGGAGGAGGUAGGACCACGGUGUAUCACAUCUCUGUCAUCCUGAAUGGAACUUUGGGGCAUGAGGAGGUGGGUGAGGGGGUGGAGGUGAGGGAGGGCCUGGACGCCAGACACGCCUCCCCGGAGCAGAGUCAUCCGGCAGCCAGGAGCACCAGGGCACGGCCACAGGCGCUGCAGGGGAAGGAGGGACACUUCAGGCUUGGCAGGUGGCCCUCCCUGAGCCGUACAGGCAGAGUGGGGGGGAGGAGGGAGGAGGCAGUGCAGGAGGAGGAGGAGGAGGGAAGAAAAAUGAAGACGGACCGGUUUCUCCAACUCCAACAGUUCUCUAGUACCUCAGCAGCUCCAGCAGCAGUCCAUCCUUCUCAGAUUGACUGGGAGACUGCAGCGGUAGGAGUAGAGGUAAAGGCAGCUACAGCAGCUCUAGAGCAACAGAAGACCCAGGUAGAGACCCAGGGACAGGACGUUUCUCCCCAGACUGAAGGGCCUCUCCCUGGGCAUCAUGGUGGUGUCCCUGCCAGUGGUGUUCUGUCCGGUGGUGGCUCUCCACCCCGGGCUGUGCUCCGCAGGAGGCCAUCCCAGGACGGUGCUGCUCCACACAACAGGAGGGCGGUGAGCAUGUAUGGAGCCGCAGCCAGGCAGCAUCGAGGCUCGCUAAGCCGCCAGGACAGACAGGACAGGCCCAGGAGUGUGUGCAUGCUCGCAGGCCCCAACCUCAACCCUACCCUAUCAGAGCCCGGGUCCCACUCCCAACAGACCUCCAGGAGGGGGGCUACAAGGUCUCUGGACGGUCCCCCACAGCAGCGCUGGACCAGGAGGGCAGAGCUGCGGGCGGUGGACGGCCUUAAGCCAGGGGUGCUCCCUCAGUGGACGGUGGCGGGGGCUGAGGAGAAGGUGGUCCCCAGGGUCCGGCAGCAGACCUGGAAACCGAGACCGGUCAGCAUGACUGUGUUGGAGUUGAGGAAGAAGGCCUCGGGGUCUCAGGAGGGGCUGGACAGCCAAGGAGGAAGCCAGGGGGGAGGUCUAUUUGGCCGCUGGAGGCUGUUCGGCCGACCAACUCAGGACAAGGAGAAGGAGGAAGCCCCAGACCCAGGCUCCAAGCCCAGCAGCAAGCCAGAUGCCCCCAAGAAGACCCUGAGCUCCUUACGCAGGAGCCUCAGUCUGCGGAUCAGGAGGAACCGGCCGCGGGAGAGAGUGGACAUUUCUGAGGUGACAGCAGAGGAACGCUCACGCACUACAAGUAUGGAGCAGGAGACAUCUCUCCCCUUGCGGCCCUUCUCCUAUCUGACUGGGAGGACCCUGCCACCUCCUUGCGAGAGGGACGAUGAUGGAGGGAGGCAGUUCAUUCAGUACCACAGCCAGGGCAAGGUUAAGGUGAUGGAGGUGCCCCUCUACCCAGCCAAACUGUCCUCCUCUACUAAACCGGCCCAGGAGGAGGCCAGCCUAUGGCAGCUCAUAGCCAGACGCUUUAGGAGGAAGGAGCAGCAGCAACCGUCCAACGGUAAAUGUGAACUCCAGCCCCGACACCCGAGCAAAGAGACUGGCAAAUAUUCCCUGGGCAGGAUUAAAAAGCCUCAGUCAGUUGCAAUAGAGACUCUGGCAGACUGCAACAAAGUUCAAGACUCUUUCGUCAAUAGCCAGGAGUGGACAUUGAGUCGAUCAGUGCCAGAGCUCAAAGUGGGUAUUGUGGGUAAUCUGUCGAGUGGGAAGUCUGCCUUGGUCCACCGGUACCUGACAGGCACAUAUGUGCAGGAGGAAUCUCCUGAAGGUGGUCGGUUCAAGAAGGAGAUGGUGGUUGAUGGACAGAGCUACCUGCUGCUGAUCAGAGAUGAGGGAGGCCCCCCGGAGCUGCAGUUUGCAGCAUGGGUAGACGCUGUGGUGUUUGUCUUCAGUCUGGAGGAUGAGAUCAGUUUCCAGACAGUCUACAACUAUUUCCUGCGUCUGUCCAGCUACAGGAACACAGCAGAGGUCCCCAUGGUCCUGGUUGGGACGCAAGAUGCCAUCAGUGCUGCCAACCCCAGAGUGAUCGAUGACUCGCGGGCGAGGAAGCUGUCCAACGAUCUGAAGCGCUCCACCUACUACGAGACCUGCUCCACCUAUGGCCUCAAUGUGGAACGAGUCUUCCAGGAUGUUGCCCAGAAGGUGGUGGCUCUGAGGAAAAAGCAGCAGCUGUCUAUUGGUCCGUGCAAGUCCCUGCCCAACUCUCCCAGCCACUCAUCAGUCCCCAAUGCAUCCAUCCCCUCUGUGCAUAUUAACCAGUCGGCAAACGGCGGGGGUGUGUUCAGCGACUACUCUUCCUCUGUGCCCUCCACUCCCAGCAUUAGCCAGAGGGAGAUGCGUAUCGAGACCAUCGCUGCCUCCAACACGCCCACACCCAUCCGCAAGCAGUCCAAGCGCCGCUCCAACAUCUUCACUUCACGGAAAGCCAACAGUGAACAGGCAAAGACCACUGACAGUAAAACAGAUAGUAUAGGCAGUGGAAGGGCCAUACCCAUCAAACAGGGCAUCCUCCUGAAGAGAAGUGGGAAGUCCCUGAAUAAGGAGUGGAAGAAGAAAUACGUCACACUGUGUGACAACGGCCUUCUCACCUACCACCCCAGUUUAAAUGACUACAUGCAGAAUGUGCACGGUAAAGAGAUUGACCUGUUGAGGACCACGGUCAAGGUGCCAGGGAAGCGACCACCCAGAGCGGUCACCACCAUCGCCCCCACCGCCAGCCCCAAGACCAACGGGCUGACCAAGGACCGUAGCACCCUGCAGCUAGGAGUGGGCACUGCAGGUGCGCCCCACUCUAACAGUAGUACGUCCCUCCAGUCAGAGCAUUCGGUCGGCGGAGGAAAUCUGGUGGGCUUCGGGGGCAGUAAAGACGGCAUGCACCAACGCUCCUUCUCUGUGUCCAGCGCUGACCAAUGGAACGAGGCUGUUAUCAACACCAGUGCAAGCACCGGGACCGCCAACGGGAUGGCCGAGCCCCUGACCGGCAGCUCUGGGGUGGGCAGUGCCACCAGUCCCAAGCAGGAGCCUCCCCCCUCGCCUCACGCCAACCGCAAGAGACACAGACGGAAAAAGAGCACAGGCAUCACCAAGCCAGACGGACCAUCUACAGGCAACGAAGAGUCGGAGGAGUCGUUUGAGUUCACCAUUGUGUCUCUGACAGGCCAGAUGUGGUACUUCGAAGCGUCUACGUUUGAGGAGAGAGAGCUGUGGGUCACAGCCAUUGAGAGCCAGAUUUUUGCCAGCCUGCAGUCCUGUGAGAGCAUGAAGAACACGUCCCGGUUAGGCAGCCAAAGUGACGCGGCAUCCAUUCAGUCGAUAAGGAACGUGAGAGGGAACAGCUUCUGUGUGGACUGUGAUACAGCCAACCCUGACUGGGCCAGUCUGAACCUGGGGGCUCUGAUCUGUAUAGAGUGCUCAGGGAUCCACAGGAACCUGGGGACCCACCUGUCGAGGGUGAGGUCUCUGGACCUGGAUGACUGGCCUGUGGAGCUCAGCAUGGUGCUGAUGGCUAUAGGCAACACCAUGGCCAACAGUGUCUGGGAGGGGGCCCUGGAGGGGUACACCAAGGUGGGCGCUGACAGCACCAGGGAGGAGAGGGAGCGUUGGAUCCGGGCAAAGUAUGAACAGAAGCUGUUCCUUAUGGAUGUCCCCCAGUCGGACGUGCCCCUGGGGCAGCAGCUGCUUCGGGCUGUGGUGGAGGACGACCUGAGGCUGGUGGUGCUGCUGCUGGCCCACGGCACCAAGGAGGAGGUCAACGAGACGUACGGGGACGGGGACGGACGCACUGCCCUGCACCUGUCCUGCGCCAUGGCCAAUGUGGUCAUCACCCAGCUUCUCAUCUGGUAUGGUGUGGAUGUGAAGAGUCGGGACGCGCGCGGCCAGACGCCGCUGUCCUGCGCCCGGCGGGCAGGAAGCCAGGAAUGUUCUGACAUCCUGCUCCACAACGGCUGCCCCAAUGACCCCGUCAGCAGCCUGACCACACCCAACAUGAGCCGCAGAAACCCCGAUAUUAACCCUAACCCUAACGUCAACAAUAACAACGCCCUCGGUGAACUCAACCGCAGUGUCAGUAUCAUGUAGGACCAGGAGUGGAUCUGAUCGGACUCACGGAUCACCAAGGCCCCUGAACAUACACAUACUGUGUCCCCAUAGACUACCCAGUGAUCGUACUAC